GUGUCUGAAUAGUUUCCGGAUGCACUGUAAACAGAGUUUAUACUGUAUUUGGUAUUACACUUACUGGAGUCUCUCACAGGCUUUGAAAAAGCACCUACGAAUAAGCUACCAGUACGGAAAGUGCCUCUGGCUGCUGGUAAGCUUUCUUAACUUAGACAUAAGUGUUUCCCAACACAUGUCUAACUUUUGUUUAACCAGCUAAACAGCUGCUCUUAUUGAAAAUGUGUUUGGAGUUACCUUUGUAGCUAAUAGGCUAUGUUAGAGUUUACACUUCCUCUUCCAAUUAUGUGUGGAGGUCAAAAUAAAGUGGGGUGAGGGGUGUCCAAGCAAGGAAAGACUUUGGGGGAUUAGAUUGUUUUCUUUCAGUUGGGUUGGAAAUUCCUCUGAAUACUUUCUUUUCCUUUUCCAUAUGCUCUCUCUCAACUAUCUUAAUACUGUUUAAAAGAGAGCCUCACAGUGCACUUUGUCAACGUCCAUGUCUGAUUCCUGUCAUGUUAAGUGCUCUGACAGAGUCUGUGUCUGAAGUGGGCCCGUCUACCUUUGUCAUUAUAUAGUAUAGACUGAGGGAGUGUUUGACCAGCUGUUAAAAUACAACUUCUCCCCCUCUCCAACACCUCCUCCCACCCCAGGUUCACGCUCUCUCCCUUCAUCAUGUCGUUUCUGUCCUGGGUGCGGUCCCCCAAGCUCACCUUCUUCCAGACGCUAGUGUCUCUGGUCCUGGGGGCCAUGGCCCUCUUGUCGUCCUACUGGUGUGAGGGCAGUCAGAAGGUCCCCAAGCCCCUCUGCUCGGCCAACAAACUGACCAAAUGCAUACCUGUGCCCGGGGUCUCGCACAACUCCACCUCCAUCCAGUUCUCCUGGGAGACGGGGGACGACCGCUUCGUCUUCCCUGCCUUCCAUGCAGGCAUGUGGAUGAGCUGUGAGGAGAACAUCUACACUGACGCCUGGGGAAUGUUGUGGUUGUCGGUGUCAAUGGAGCUCAUGUAUGUUGGGCUGCUGUGUGUCAGCUGUGUGCUGCUGUCUCUUCAGUUGUGUCUGGAUGCCUUUUGGCCCUCACAGAUCUGGGGACAGCUCCUCAAUGCCUACUCUGCAGUCUUCACUAUAUUAGGAGGGUUACUGGGAAUGGUGGCUCACAUGAUGUUCAUGCAGGUGUUUCAGACUACUGCCUCUAUGGGUCCAGAGGACUUCAAACCACACAGCUAUGGCUACUCCUGGGGCUUUUAUGUGGCAUGGCUGGCCUUUACCUGCUGCAUGUUGUCAGGAGUCUCCACCCUCAACAACUACACCAAGAAGACUGUAAUGGAGCGUAGGCGCAAAGCCCGCCUGUACCCCCCUCGAUUCCCUGACAUAGAGCCCCUGCUAGCCCCGGCCCCCUACUACUGCCCUCCGCCCCCUCACCCCUGUAUGUCCCCACCAUCCCCAGAACUCUCACCCCUGUCACCCUACUAUGACUCCCCUUCGCUACCCCCAACCUCAUCACCCCGUCCACUCACCCACUCCCUCUCCCUCCCCCACUGCUACACACUCCCCCACCCUGAAUACUUCCCACCUCCCCCAUCCCACCCUGCUCCCCUGUCCCCCUAUCACCGCCACUCCCUCCCCUCUCCCUCCAUCACUCUACCCCUGUCCGUCCACAGUUACACACCCCAGUACUACUCAGAGGACAGGGGCAGAGAGAUGGAGGAAGAGGGGAGGGAGUACUCCGAUGAGGAGUACAGCCCACUUUGA